AGCUUUAUUCACUUCGAGCCAGAAUGGAAAAGCUGAUACUCUAUGGCAUCGAUGCCAGCCCUCCGGUUCGAUCGGUGCUCCUCACACUGAACGCCCUGGAGUUGCCCUUCGAGUACAAGGUGGUCAAUCUGAUGGCCAAGGAGCAGCUCAGGCCGGAAUUCCUCACGAUGAACCCCCUGCACACCGUGCCCACACUGGACGACGAUGGCUUCUACGUGUACGACAGUCACGCCAUUAAUGCCUACCUCGUGGCCAAGUACGGCAAGGACGACUCUCUCUACCCCAAGGACCUGCAACAGCGGGCGAUGGUAGAUCAGCGUUUGCACUACGACUCCAGCGUUGUGGGUAGCACCCUGCGGGCCAUAACCUUUCCGCUGUUUCGUCUGAACGAGACGGAAAUCCCCAGGGCCAGAAUCGACGCCCUUGAGGACGUGUACGCAACUCUGGAGACAUUCCUGACCAUUAACGAAUACAUCGCUGGGAAGCAGCUGACUAUUGCCGAUUUUCACAUCAUCGCCAUCCUGUCCACCAUUGAGAUUUUCCUGCCGGUUGCUGCCGGCAAGUUUCCAACGCUGUCCGCCUGGAUGCAGCGCAUUGCCCAGCUGCCAUACUACGCCGAAGGCAACGGCAAACGACUCGAGCAGUGUGUGGCCUUUUUUACGAGCAAAAAGUUUACAAUUGUCUAAACCAAGAUUUCUCAAUAAAUAAAUAUAUUCGCCCAUUCCCCAAA